AUGCCUCCGUCAACCUCGCCCGGCGGCCUCGGCAAGGGCAAAGUCACCUUAACCGGCGCCGAAGAGACGCUCCUCCUCACGCUCCUGGCCCGCGCCCAGGACGCAGAGUCGUCCCGCCCCGUCCUGAGCGACCAGUACGCCGUCGAGCUUGUCUCCCGAGUCCAGGAGCAAGGGUACGACUUUCAGCGCGCGACAGGCGGCGGCGGCGGCGGCGACGUGCCGAAGGUGUCCUUCUUCGUCGUCUCGGUCGCCAUGCGCGCCAGGAUCCUGGAUAUUUGCGUCGAGAAGUUCCUGAGGCGGCACCCGGGCCCCGCCACGGUGCUGCAUCUGGCCUGCGGCAUGGACUCGCGGAGCCUGCGCGUGCGGUGGCAGGGCGAGGGCCGGGUCUGGAUCGAUGCAGACCGCAAGGAGGCCGUCGAGCUGCGACGGAAGCUCAUGGAAGAGCCGGACCCGGGCAAGGGCGAGUACCGCCUGAUCCAGCCGGACAUCCACGACGACUCGUGGCUCGCCGACUGCAAGAUCCCCGCCGACCGGCCGGUGCUGGUCCUCUUCGAGGGUCUCACGCCGUACCUCACCGAUGACGAGGUCUGCGGCCUGCUGCGGCGGACGGUCAACUACUUCCGGCAGCACGGCGUCCACGGCGAGAUCCGCUUCGACGUGAUCGGGUCGCUCGUGUACUACGUCGUCAACUACUGGUUCAACGCGACCUUCAAGCUCAUGGGGACGCGGAUGUCCUGGUACAUGGACGACCCCAGGACGCUGGAGCAAAAGGUGCCCGGGUUGAAGUUCAAGGAGCGCAUCUUCGGGAUGACGGACCUCCUGACGCUGGGGUUCAUCGGGUGGGUGAUGGGAUUCCUCGGAUGGCUUACAGAUCUGCUCGGCGUCACUGGGCGUAUCGGAGGAGCGUAUGGAUACGAGUUCUGA